AGCUGAGAGAGGGACUGCGCUCUCACUGCGCUCAAGCCCAUGCCUGGAUCUCCUGCCUUACAGCUCCCCUGGACGCUUUCAUACCUGUCCCAUCGCGCUGCCUACAGGAGUAUCCCCAAACUUCCUACGAACUGAACUUAUGAGGGCGUGUCUCUGCGUCAGCGUGCGAGCCAGAGCCAGUUAGAGGGACGGGUGAGCCCGGACGAGACAUGAGAGAGGAGCUCUCCCAGGCCGAGUCGCCCGAGGGGGGGCUGGCUGCCAGCGAGGAGGACCUGGAGCUCGGCCCCAAGAGGCCCGGGGUCAACGGGCGCAAGCGGGUGCCCUGCCCCAAAAAGGACAGCAGCGUCCGGGCCGUGGAGGGACGGCCGGGGAGCCCCGGCGGCCUGGCGGCGUCGGGGCCCAAACGGCCCAAGAGGAGCCCCCCCGCGGCGGGGAUGGAGGUCGUGCCAGGGCCCGAGCUGCCCUUUGAGGACCUGCACAGCCAGCGCGUCAUCGCCAACGUGCGGGAGCGGCAGCGCACGCAGUCCCUGAACGACGCCUUCUCCUCGCUGCGCAAGAUCAUCCCCACGCUGCCCUCAGACAAGCUCAGCAAGAUCCAGAUCCUCAAGCUGGCCUCGCGCUACAUCGACUUCCUGUACCAGGUGCUGCAGAGCGACCAGAUGGACAGCAAGCUGGCCAGCUGCAACUACCUGGCGCACGAGAGACUCAGCUACGCCUUCUCGGUCUGGAGGAUGGAGGGGGCCUGGGCAAUGUCCGCCUCCCACUAGCCCUCACCCCUUUAAACCUCACCCUCCACCCCAUUCCUCCACCCUGACUCCACCUUUGCUCCAUCCCCAACUCACCUCCGCCUGUCUGCUUUACACCCCACCCUCAGCUCAACCCAAAAACCCCAACAACGUCCUCUCUCCUACCUUCCCCCUGACCCCAUCCUUAUGCUAUCAUCCUUCCACCUUCUCCUGGACUCUUACUCCACCCUUACCCUCAUUCAGCCCACACUCUCACGCCCACCCGCUACAUUUACUCCAUCCGCACUCCACCCUAAGCCUAACAGUUACCCAUUCCUCUCUCUUACCUUUACCUCCACUCCUACCUCUAUACCCCCUCUUUUACCUUUUCAUCCCAAUACUUACCUGCAGCUCUCCCUUACCUUUACCCCCACCCCCACCUCUACACCCCCUCUUUCACCUCCACCCUAAACCCAACACUCACCUGCGCCUCUUCCUUACCUUUACCUCCACCCAUGCCUCUACGCCCUCCGACUCUAACCUCCACCCUAAACCCAACACUUACCUGCACCUCUCACUUACCUUUACCUCUACCCCUGCCUCUAUACCCUCCCUCACCUCCACCCUAAACCCAACACUUUCCUGCGCCUCUUCCUUACCUUUACCUCCACCCCUGCCUCUACACCCUCCAACUCUCAGCCCCAUCCUAAUCUCCAGCCUCAGCUCCACUCUGCCUCAGAAGCUGAGUGGCCCAGCAACAGCACCGUGUCAUGAGACCACUCCAGUCCGAAAAAAGAGGAACCUUCCAUGUGCGGAACGGUGCCCCCCCCCUUCCCCUCCCUCCCUCCAGUGCUCACGGAUGUGAACCCAGCCGGGAUAGGAAACUGGACCCAUCACGGUGGCUCAAUUCUCUGGGCUCUCUUGAUGAACUAGCCUUUCGACUGCCUGUUUGUGAGAAUAACCAGGAGACUGGAGGCCUUAGCAGUUUUAAUAAGCUGUGUGAGGGGCACCGGUACGGACCAGCCCUCUGAAAAACUGGACAAGACGGACCUGUAAAAAAGACUGAAUAUUGAGCGGGGACACUGGUGUAUGUGUCCUCCCAUGAGAAAGUUUGACUGCAGCCAGCCUGUGCAUUUUUAUUCAGACUCUCAUGAAGCCUUUAAAUGAAUUGUAAUGAAUUAAAGCGCAUAUAAUUCACUGUGGGAGGUUGAUUUUGCUAGUGAAUGUUUACAGCAGUAUUUUGGGAUGCGUGUCAGUGCUAUUGAGUGAAAUCAACCCCCGAGAUCAACGCUAGAACACUGACUAUUGACUGCUCUUGUGUAAUGCAUGUGUUAAUAAGUGGGUUUUGUACAGUGCUUUCUAUUUAAAUCCAAUGAAAGGUAAAUGGGAAGUUUCCAAGACAUCUAUAUUAA